AUGCCGCUGGAUACCUCAACAACAUACCCUCUCACCCGGCUACGCCUGGAUGGCCGCCGGUGGAAUGAGUUGCGUCUGCUCCAAGCGCAGAUCUCGACGAACCCCGCCAGCUCGGGAUCCGCAUAUCUAUCUAUGGGCAAUACAGCAAUUAUGUGCUCGGUGCAUGGCCCUGCUGAGGGUCGCCGAGGAGAAGCCAGUGGCACUGCAGGCAGUGCGGGUGCUAUCAUCGAAGUGGAGGUAAAUGUUGCGGGAUUCGCCAGUGUGGACCGCAAGCGCAGGGCGGGUGGCAGUGACAGACAAUCCUCGCGGAUCGCAACGAUGUUACGCUCGGUUUUCCAAUCGCAUAUUCACGCCUAUCUAUACCCACACAGUACUAUCAGCAUCCAUGUCUCCGUUCUUUCCGCUGACGGAUCUCUCCUUGCGGCCGCGCUUAACGCCUGUACCCUGGCCCUAGUUGACGCCGGUAUUCCCAUGCCUGGCCUUCUAUGUGGCUGCACAGCUGGAAUGAGUGGUAGCGCAUCUACUCCCAAGGAUCCACGACACGACGAGCUCGACCCGUUGCUCGAUUUGUCACUCCCGGAGGAGCAAGAGCUUCCAUACCUGACCGUAGGCACAACCACUUGUGUCCCCGUCGGUGAAAACAACAUGGAUGCGGACGAAGAGGAAAUGAAGGUGGCGCUAUUGACUAUGGACUCGAAGUUUCACUCCUCAUAUGUUGAGACGAUGCUAGCGGUGGGGAUUGAUGGAUGCAACCAGAUCCGUGAACUUCUGGAGGGCGUGAUCAAGGGGUCAAACCGAGCGUGA